AUGCUCACAUUGUAUUUCUCAUUGAAAUUUUUAGGUGGAGGGAGUGAUCGAUCGAGAGAUAGAGACCAAAGGCGAGAUCGUCGACGAAGGUCAAGAUCACGGUCAAGAAGCCCUAGAGAUCGCCGAAGUUAUGGUGGUGGUGGAAGAGACAGAUAUAAUCGAGGAAGGUAAGACUUGUAGAUACAGUUUUGUAGAUACAGUUUUAUCCCUAGAUCUUCUUUAUUUAUUCAAGCUUUUGCUUUCCUUGUACCCUCGUAGCAGGAUUGAAACAACCCUUACUGUUCAUGAAAGGCAUUAUCUUGAGCAUUUUAUUUUUACUUCAUUUAGAUCACCCUCUCCUCCAAGAAGAAGAAAGAAGAGGUACAGGAAUUUUAUUUCAUGACAUUAAUAAUAACUUCUUUUACUUUUUACUUUUAUACCUUUUGUGAGAAUGUACGGUGUACAUUGACAUUGUACCUGCAGGGUUGUCAAAAGUAGUUGGCUGCCAGUAAACUGCCCACUUGGUUAGUACUGAUGAUGUUUUUUUAAAUAAAAUAUCCCUUGACUGGCCGCUUGCUUUGACAACUCAGUGGUCGACUUUAAAACUUUGUGACAACCCUGACCUGUAAAUUGUUGAUGCGUGUACUGUUUUGAAGUGCUGUUUCAGUGUACAAUGUAAAUCAGUGAUUUACAAUUUCCUUUUUCUUUGUUUAUUUUCCAGAGAAAGCUUGUGGGACAGACCUCCAAUUGGAUAUGAACAUAUGACACCAGCACAGUAUAAAGCCAUGAGAGGUGUGUUAGUUGCAUUGUGCAAUCUCUCAUUUCUAGUCUGGAAUAUAAUUUUACCUGUCAGGUCUGUCAUUUAGUUUUAAAACAGCCGUAGGAAAUGAAGAUUCACCUGUAACAUCUCGGAAAAAGUUUACAGUCUCGCCUUUAGCUUUCCACUGAUGAUCACCUGUAACAUCCAGCUAGCUUUAGCUAUAACAGAUGUCAUGGUUAGGGCCCUUAAUGACAGCUCUGUCUGUCUAAUACAUGUCAGGUAUUUCAAUAAUAGUUGAAGUAGCCAAAAGGUUUGAAUCAGAGUACCCGACUGUAUCAACAAGGGGCUGUUAAUCCAGUGCCUCUAGGGAAGUCUGAGGGCAUGCUCCCUCAGAAAAGUUUGAAAUUUUAAAGCCCUAAAAUGCCAUUUCCAGUGUUCAGGGGACUAAAUUGAGUACAAAAGAGUGUGCUUUUCAUUCAGGUCAAAUGCACAUUUGAACGAGAACAAAUUCUGUGUAAACCUCUAAAACAUUUGCAUAACAAAAGCAUAACUCAAAACCAGUGGGCCUUUACGUUUUCUUUCAGAUUUUAUGAUAUGCUUUCUGUUUACAACAUUGUAAGAACUACAUGUAGCUGCCUCUUCUUUCAGGGAGAAAAGUAGCCGACUUCUCUUAGCAAAAUAACUGACGCGUUUCGUCGGUCAUCGGUGCUUAUUGAAACCCCUGACAUGUACAUGAAGUAUUGCCUUUCCACAAAUAGUUGUUGUCUAGUGAAACUCUUAAACUGUUAAUAAAUUAUUUAAAAUCACCAAUUACAAACAGUCACGCUGUACAGUUAAUUAUAUUAAUUUUUUUCAAUUAAUGAGUUACAUUUGCAUUGUACAGGUUUAUUGCUUGGAAUGUGUUGGAUUGUGAUAGGUGUUUGUUAUUAAUAUUAUUAGUUAUACAUGUGCACGUCUGUGUUUCUUUUUAUUAUAAAUAGCGGCAGGGCAGAUUCCAGUCAAUGCAGGUGGUCCAGUACCUGGUGGAACUGUUAGUAGUUUGCCACAAGGAAGUCAGAUGACAAGACAGGCUCGAAGAUUGUACGUUGGAAACAUACCAUUUGGAAUAACUGAGGUGGGUUAUUUUUUUAUUCAAUAUUAUUUUUGAUGCCUUCAGUUCUUGAUUCCCAGUUCUGUAACAGUGCUCUACACUUGUGCCGUGAAAAGAGAUUAUAAACUGGGUUACAUGUACAUGUGCAGACUGUGUGUGCACAGUGUAUUUAAGAAUCAACUUCAUUUCAUGAUUCUGAAACACAUGUAUAUAUAUGUUGUGGUUUAAUAGCAUGUUCCACUUUAACUAAAAAUAGAUUUUGUAACUGUAGACCACCCCCAACCCCCCUGCUUGACUCAGACACUCUGUGCAUUCUACUCAAAGGCAAGAUGCAUUUCCCACAAGAAUAUUAUUCAUAAAAUUCACAAUUAAUGUUUUUAAAAGGCAUUUGACCUUUAUUCUAUCAUAUAAAAGGCGUUACUCUUAGCAAAAACCUGGUCCAAGUACAUGUAGUACACAGUGAUUUUGUUACAAAUAGUUACGGUGAGUCCUGGCACUUAUCUUGUGAAAAAUCAUGAGUCCCACUCCAGAACCAUUAAGUCCCAGUUCAAAAAGCAAUGACUUCUAAACUGAAAAUGCUUGGGUAUUAUCUAACCAGGCAGUUACUGAAUCUGAAGACUGACUCCAACACUCUUUAUCACAGUUUACUCAAAUUCAAAUAGUCCUUCCAUUUAAACAACAAAAUUGAGGGGACUAAAAUAAAUAUGCAUCGUUAAACAACAGCCACAUUAACAGCCACAGAAAUCACGCAAAGACAAUUUUCUACAAAGACAUCUUCAGAUCAAUCGAUUGAUCUUUGCAUCCUAUGGAAUGCAUCCAUUGAAUUAUUUUGUGUCUGUGGGAAUUUUUAUGCAUCAUGAAUGCAGGAUGCAGAGAUAACAAAAUCACUGUGUACAUGUAACUCAAAGGAUUAGUUUACAUGUAAGUCAGAAAAUAAAGACCUGGUCAAAGAGGGAUACUGAAAUUGGAUCUGUAUCUCUCUCUUAGUGUCAGCACUGAAACAAGACAUAACAUUUCUGACUGAGACUGUCAUAUGUGUAAUACUUUUUUUUAAAAUUUUGUGUGAAAGAAUAUGGUUGCAAAAUAUUAAAGGGACAUGGUCAAAUUAGCAGGUUGCUUCUAAUAUAUGUAUAUUUUUUCACACUUAGUUGCCAUAAUUAUAAUAGCAGUAAUAUUGUUAAUUUAUGUCUGAUUUUAGAGCUUGAUGAUAGAGUUCUUUAAUGCCAGAAUGCAGGAAGCAAAGUUAAACACAGCUCCUGGUAACCCAGUUAUUGCUGCACAAAUCAACUUGGAACAGAAUUUUGCCUUUAUUGAGGUACAUGUAUGGCUGUGUGUUUUGAUGGUGAUUUCAUUGACUAUGUCUCUAUUCUUUGAACGCAUACAUUGUACUAUACCCUGGUAUUAUCUUGAUUAGCCUUCUUGAUGAUACUAACCUCAUGUACCUGCAAAAUGUUUUCAGCUCCGUUCAGUUGAAGAGACUACCCAGGCAAUGGCAUUUGAUGGGAUCAUAUUAGAGGUAUUGUAAGAAUUUGUGUUAGUGUGCUGAGUGUUUUGUAGAUUGUAUGUGUUAUUGUACUGUAGUUAUUGAUGAUUUCAGGUGAUCUUUGUCCUGUCACAUCCUUCAGUUGAUUACCUGUAGGCUGCUGCACACUGUACAUUUGGUUACUGAAUUAUGAUUAAUUUAUUUUAGGGCCAGUCACUGAAGAUAAGAAGACCCAAGGACUAUCAGCCCAUUCCUGGAAUGUCAGGUAAUCUCCUGUUCAUUUUCCAAACAAGAACUUUAAAAAUAUAUUCCAUGUACACUGUACAGUUGUAUGGACAAAAGUAUAAUUAUUACAAUACUAUGUACAACUAACUACAUCUAUACAGUCAUGUAUCAUUAAUAUUUGCAUACCGUAUUAAUUAUUAUAGUUGUUGUCAACAUAAAAGAUAAAAAACAUCUACAGGUAAAGCAUAUAUGCAAUGGUUUAUUACAUGUAUGAGAACUAGAAACAUUAAGAACUUACAGUUUUAACUAAUGAGUCUACUCUGGUUUAAUUUUAUCCUUGGUUUAAAUGCAUUAAAUUCAUUAUCGUCCAUUAACAAACUCAAAAACAAGUACAUUGUAUAUAAGGAGGAGGAUGCAUAAAUUAUAGAAAUUUUACUAUUUUGUCGUACUCUGUGGAUAUCCUCAGUAAAGACUGAUUGUUUUUAAUGGGCAGCUGUACAUGUUUGUUUGUGUUGCUUUGCAGAAACAGCAACAAUUCAUGUCCCGGGUGUGGUUUCAACAGUUGUACCAGAUUCUCCUCACAAGAUUUUCAUUGGAGGAUUACCAAACUACUUAAAUGAAGAUCAGGUAAAGUUGGCAGCAUAAGGGAGUGUUGAGUGGAAAGCAUCACAGGGUCAAGUCAAGAUUCUGUGUAUGAUUAAAUAAUUGUCACAUUGUAGACAAAUAAUUAUUCUAAAUCUUUCAAGAAAGCUUGAGAAGGAAGAGUAUGCUAUGAUAUGAAUUGAAGAAUUAGCUGUUCCUUUUGAGUUGUCUUUUUUUGGUACAGUGUUUCACAUCAUUGUAAUAAAUUAUUAGUUAUUGCUCUUCUCUCUCCUGCUUUGUUGAAUACCUUAAGGUAAGACUGCUAUUUUGUGCGCUAAACAUUUUUAAGUUUAUUUUGUUAGCUGUUAAAUUUGGUCAUAUUUUAUCUCAUAAUUAUACCUUGUGCUGCUUGAACAACAUUGAUCACAAAUUUAACAACUUAUCAUCUUAUUUCAAACUUGGAGUGUAAGAAACCAUUACACAUUAGCUCUGGAACAUCACUGGAACAGUGCACAGUCAUGAAGAAUUUCUCUGCAGACACGUUGAACCAGAUGAAUUUUGAAGGCAAUUCGAUCUAGAACUUUUUUUGCAGGAAUAUCAAACCAGAAACUAAUGCCAAAAUCGUACUUUUGUUUUUUCAGCCAUUUCUUUUCAGCAAUUCUUUUUUUCUAGAUCAUCCCAUUGCCUUCGGCUUACUGAAAGACAGCACUCGGCAACUUUCUUUUUCAGCUUUUCUUUUUAGGAAAUCAGCAUAUCAUUAUAACUUCUUGGCAUGGCAGCCAGCUUGGAUUAUUUCUAAUAAAUUGCAUUUUAGUCUCCAAAUUUUUUACAUAUAUUUAUACACAUCAGAAUUCACAAUUCCAUAAACCAUUAUUAGGUACAGUUGAACCUUCACUAACAGCCACCUCUCUACAGGGGCCCCUUUUUUGGUGGACAGUCCAUACAUUGACUCUAUUUAAUGUUUAAACCUCCCUCCUCUCCUGUUCCCAAUGUGGUUGUUGUCAAGAGGUUCAACUGUAGUAUGAUGUACAGUACCGCUCAAAAGUAAGUUGACAGUCACUCGUGUCUCGAUCCUCGAGAUGCAAGACUCGAUUCUCGAUUCUCGAAACUUUCGAGGAUCGAGUCUUGCAUCUAGAGGAUCGAGUCUCGAGUUUCAAUGAUUGAGGAUUGAUGAUCGAGUUUUAAAUUUUGAAUUGAGAAAGUGCUCUCUCUAAAAGUGUACACUUACCUUUCAUUCUAAAAAUCAUGGCUCCGUGCAUUGGGUGAAACUCGUUCGCUUUCGCGUAGACGAAGCUCGCGCUUUGAAAGCGAAAAUGUUCUCUUCUGGUCUCCUUUUAAUAGUCCUUUUGAAACUUGCUUUUUAGAAGUGAAAACGAGAUACAUAUAUGUAAUAGCUUUCAAAACAACUCAUACUAGAAAUGACCGUAUUAAUAUCGCUCAUGCACAGUAUACAGCCGUAAUUCUUUUUGACUUUCCAUCAUUCUUAUGUCAGACCUAGCGGUAAAAAGAGCUUCUGUUUGAAAGUGAACAAUAACUAAACGACUCUGUAGAUAAUUGUUCUCAAACCAAACUUUUCAACCAUAAAUCUUCUUUAAUCGUUCCAACACAAGAUCACAGAUUCGCACACUUCGAUCUGAAAACUAGAUCUUAUCUAUCUCACAUAUCGAUACCACGAGGUCUGUCUGUCUGUCUGUCAAACCCCAAAUCAUUUGACAACUACUUUUCUGAUUUUUUUUUGCAAAGUGCCCGUGCCAGGCUUGUGCAUUCCUUAUUACUUUCUGCCGUUUGAACGAAACGGGUUUGGAUCUUUUUUUCAAUACUCAGAUGCUCGUGUGUUAAAAUCUCGCCUCAGCAAACAAAGUUUGUGGUGACAUCAGCUAGAUUUGCAUAAAAGCCAGUUUUAUAAUUCACAGAGUCGCUGAGCCGUGUUUUUGAAUGAACAUGGCGAAUGAAAGGUUACAUAAAUUAUGUGAAAUUGACUAAUGGAAAAACAGUUACAGAACACGGCAAGCACUGAUCGACAGUGCGAAUAUCUCAAUGGCUACGUGACUGUACAACAUCGUUCUUUCGGAAAACCAAGCUUCUUUGAUCAUCGAAACUUGAGACUCGAUCCUCGCAUCUCGAAACUCGAAGCGUUGGAGCUUCGAGACGCGAGGAUCGAGUCUCGAGUUUCGAGCUGCAAGUGUCAACUUACUUUUGAGCGGUACUGUAUAGCCUGCAUGAAGAGGUCUCUUCUUUCCGUUGUUGCCCUCUGCUUUUUCUGAGAGAAACAAAUGAAACAUGUGUAGGCAAUGUCUCCAACCAGGCUAAAUGUGUCUUAACCCAUGUUCCUUUGCAACAAGCCAUCAAAAAAUAAGUGAUGGAAGGGGCUUGGUUGGAAGCAACUGGCAGUCCUAAGUGUUCAGUUUUAGCUAGUUCUGUUUCAAAAUAGAAUUUUUGCUUCAGAUUUACGUUGUGUGCAGCACAGUACUUUCUACAAAAACAACAUUUUAGUUUCUGUCCUACAAGCUAGUUGGUCAGAGCUUCACGUAUAUAUUUUUUUUAAAUCAAGCCCCUCAAUAAAUUAUUAUCCACUACCGGUAUUCUAUAAAUUAAAGUAAUAAUUUCACACCCUUAGUCAGAUAAUGAUAAAAUUGAAGGCAUGUCCAUCUGAAAAUAACCAGCUUGCCUGAAAUGAGUUUUACAGUUGCAAACCUUGGGUGGAAAUUAACCAGCAUUUUUCAGGAGACUGUUCUUAAAUUGUUUUGCAAAGGAUAACUUGGUAGAAACUAACUGCCUACAUUUUACUUGUCUGUCAAGUUUGUUUGGUUAUCUUCUAUCUGUGGUGUGAAUUUGGUUAUCAGUGUUAAUGACAAGAUCAAUUGGCAUUUGGAAGUUACUACCCUUGGUCGUUUGAGCUGUUACUCAUAACAGGCUAAAAAUAAUGACCACUACAAUGAAAUGUUGAGUGCCACAUAUUCCUCAAUCUCCUCGGAACUAAGCAAAGUUUCUUAGCUUUAAUAUCAUUGAUUCAAAUACGACUGACAUAUUUUGAAUUUUAUUUCCCCCUCAUUUAAUCCCUAGCUUAGGGGGGCCUAAAAUGGUCAUCAUAUCUGGCUAAAGGCAAGUUCUAAUUCUACAUUGAGGGUGUGGAAAGAGAGCUUGAAAGAGUGAUGUAUGCACUGCUUGUUAAAACAUUCCAACAACCUUAUAUAGGCAUGAAUCACCAGAGUUCCUCUCCUUAGCAGCUUUUAAGCUUGUUUUCCAUAAUAUUAUUUUGCCAUGAUUGCUGAGAUUGCUUGGAUCACUACUUAAAAGGUCAAUAAACAAUAAAUUCAAUGAUCUUAAAUCUCAAUUGUUGGCAUUAUAUACCACUUCAAAGCUCCAAAUUCAUUUGUGACAAGUUCAUUUAUUUUUCCUUUAGGGUAAUGUCAACAAUUCAGUUUAAAUUUUAGUGCCUUAUAACUAUUUUUAACCAGGUUGCAGCUGGUUAGGAAAAUAAAAUGUGCAACGGUGAUGGUGUUUCAUGCCUGCUAUGCGCUUGUUAAUUUAUUGUCUAUGAACUAUGACUUGCCUGCAUACCAGCUCUCUGUACAGUGUUCAUUUUCAGUUCUUUAAUAGGUUGCUGCAAAUAGCAAGUCCUUGUUUGGGAAAAUGUAUUUAUUGUGAAUUAUUUUAUUUUCAAGAACAAUUAAUAAUUUGGAGAGAACAUUGGUAAUGGAAAUUAAAUAACAAUCUGGGGAUCAAAAAUAAUCCAAAACAAAGAAUUGUUAUAAGAGUAAACAAACCUACAUGUUAGAGUUUUUGAAGGCAUUCAAUAAAAUUAAUUUGCAGUUUCUGCUUUAUCAAGUGUCAAACAAAUGCUUAUAGUGAAACCCUGGGGUUGUUUUAUUGAAGAGUGCACCAAAAAAUUACUUAGAGUGCUUCUGUAUUUGUAGCUUGCUCUGAUUUUUUGGUUGUAUCUUCCAUGACAGGUCAAAGAGCUGUUAUCAUCAUUUGGUGAACUCAAAGCCUUCAAUUUAGUGAAAGAUAGUGCCACUGGCCUCUCCAAGGGAUAUGCCUUCUGCGAAUAUGUGGAUAUGAAUAUCACUGAUGUGGUGAGUUACCCAAUCUUCAACAGUGUACAGUGUUGUUGUUAUUUUUUUUGUGUGUGUUAAUAGUUUCCAUAGAAACUGUUAAACACUAUGCAGUCAUGUCAUUUCCAUAAUGUCUGUUAGUUAGAAAAGCGAUAAUUCUGAAGGUCAGAUACAAAACAUAAAUACUGUAUGAUUCAGUUACCAAACAAGGGGAGUAUAUUAUAUCAAUUUAUUUUUUGCUAAUCAAAUAAAUUUUGCAAAAAGGGGUAAUUGUGGUCAUUGGUGUGCUACAAUGUACAUAACGUGAAGGUCGAGUGUGACCUGUUGCCUCAGACAAAUACAUGUAAGCAUGACCUGUUGCGUCAAAGAAAUAUUAUAGUUUUCUUGAUACAAGAAGUCAUGCUACAUUUUCAUUGAUGCCAGUCAUUGGCGUUCUAUAUGACAUAAAGGAGAAGUGAAAUUGUCAGUCAGAUAAAUUAGCGUCACCUUGUCGAAAAUCUCUUCUUCGAUGCAAGAAAUCUUGCUCUAUUUUCUUUGACAAAAUAGGUUACAUCUCAUGCUUAAAUGACAUUGCAAGCCAAUAAAAUGGCACCUGCGCAACAGACAUAACAAAACUGUAAACACGUACUCUCUCUAGAGAGCUAUUUUUUCCCACUGAGAUACAAGUAGCCUAAAGAAGAUGUCACUUUUAGUACAACUAAGGUCAACAGUUGAGGGAAAAAAAGGCCAUUUUGAACAAUUUUUGUAAUUUUCAGCUCUUUGCAAGCAAUGUCAAAGGAAAUACAGUAGCAGCAACCAAAAUUAAUUUUGCAGAAAUUGGUGGUUGGCAAAAAGCUUUAAUGAGCCUAAACAUUCCUGGUAAAAUUUUAAGUUUUUCAGAGAGAAUUUCUCUGAAACUAUUUAUUUUGAUAUAAUUAUCAGGCUCAAAUUUUCACAGAUAACUGAAAUUAUAAUGCUCUUUUAAUAUUCAAGGCUGUAGUUUGUAAUUAAUAGUUUGAUCAGAUAAUGAAAGGCAUAAUAAAUGAGGCAAAAAAAAUGUAAGCAAAGAUUCCUACUGAAUCGUAGCCAAUAGUUACCAGCGCCGUACAAACGACUUAUUGACGAGAUCAAGCAAAACUAACUACGAGACAAUGACUGGAGAACUGACAAUUUUGACCAACAAUAGACGACUGUUAAACUGUGACAAUAGACGGAUCGAAACGCACCAAUUACUGAUUACGAGUCUUCAUAGCCAAUAACAGCACGGCUUAGCUGACAGACGACCAAUAACAUCGCGACGUAAUUGACCAAUCAGAUCAUCAACUGAGGUGAUACAACUCACUUUGACUCUGAAGAUGACUACCGCACAGGUUGUCGAAACUUCAGUCACUGUCAACAACAACAGUCCUAUUCAGAACUACGUUCACCCGGACGAUCAAACUCAACCUAGUUUUGAAAGAUUCCUAUAUUGGUUUUGCAUUAUCAAUUUUCAAUAACGUCUAACACUGCAAAAUAAAUGACUCUGUGAGCAGAGAACAGAGGUUUCUUUCUGGCGUGGCUUUUAGCACGUGUGGUGUUAUUCAUGUUGCUGGCAUUCACAUAGUUGGCUUGUUUACACCCCUUUUCAGGAAGGUAAACAAGCCAAUGACGCAAAUUUCAGCAAUGCAAACGACUUGUAAAUGCUUAAAACCAUGCCAGAAUGAAACCUCUUCUGACAGGGUAGGAAUAUAUUCACAAUUACAUGUAACAGCUUCCAGUGGCAUUUCCUAGUGUGAUUUUUGUUGCUUUCCAGUAUCAGGUACCUGGUUAGCUCAGUUGUUUAUUCAUCCUUUAACUGAUUGUUUCUUUUCUAGGCAAUCACGGGACUAAAUGGCAUGCAACUUGGUGAGAAAAAGUUGAUUGUUCAAAGAGCAAGUGUUGGGGCCAAGACAAAUAUGAACAAUGUGAGUAAAUCAUUAUGUCAGGCUGGUCUGGAGAAAAUUACACUAUUAAAUCAAACUAAUAGACGUCAAUAAACGUCGAAGGGUUUGUUACAGCCAAGAACUUCUUUCUUGUCGGAUCAAAGCAGAAAAUUCCAUGUGUACAAGAUAGGUCGUCCUUGCCGUCUUGGAGUGAGUGAAUUUAUACAUGCUAGCUUGAAAUUGUCUUUCAGAAAUAAAUUUAAAAACACCCUUAAAUUAUUUAACGGCAAGAAAUAAUCACAGUAGGAUUGUGAAUCAUCUUCAUCGUCCCCAUCGUCACCGUUAACAUUAGUUUUUUUCUGUUUUGUGUUUUUUGUUGAACCUUUCUGUAUUUCUUUAUUUUAGCCGGAUGCAAUGAGCAUGAUUCCUGCUCAGAUGCAGAUCCCCGGACUGGACUUGUCUGCCAGCCUCCACAACACAGCCACUGAAGUGCUGUGUCUCAUGAACAUGGUGGAAAUUGAAGAACUCAUGGAUGAUGAGGAAUAUGAAGGUACUGAACGUUUCCUCUCAACUAAAACAGUGACCUUCAGUUGCAUAAAAGUGUCAGCCGAACGGCUAACCCGGUUAGAAAUCAAAUGGAACGGACCAUUUCGGUUCGGUCCGACGGGAACACUUGAGACCACCUUUGAAGGUAGUCCACUUGACCGAUCCGGUCAUUUCGGUCGGUCGGACCAAAAUUUCCCUUACCAUUUUGCAAAUUGUUGUCCCCAGUACCGCUCUUCUGUAUAUUGCUUACAAGAACAAUAACCAAACGCGGGGUGGCUUGGGUCGGGUUUGUGCAACCGGAACUAUGUACCGUUCCAUUGGGCACUUGGAAUAUCCGAAAUUUCAAACCGGAAUCUUUUUUUUUAAUGGAAAAUGCCUCUAGCGGUAAAAUAGAGUUUAAAAACUGUACUGAACGUCAAACGUUAGCUACGGCGUCGAAUGUUGAGAUUUAUGGAACUGGCCCGUGAUAACAUGUGUUAAACUGAACCAUGAUACAUGUAGCUAUCACAAACUGGAAGAAUUUUGACACCAAGGAAGCCUGGACAACAUAGAAAUUUUAAAACUGGUGUGAUGAUUACUGGUAAUAGGAUUGAGUGGACCCCAAUUCACGCGGUCAUGUGAUUUUGUUGAUCAUCCGUAUGAGUACAAGCCGAAUUGUAACCAUGAUAUAAUUUGUGUCAAUUGAAGCCUUCUUAAAAUUCAAACACAAGAUCUUUUAAGGUGAUUCCAUAGUAAAAGAACCUAACAUAGGUUUUAGCUAAAACUUGGUACACUGAUGUAACAAGUCAAGAAGAUGAUAAAAAGGUAAUAAAAAGUGGGGGUCACCGUGCUCGUUUUGACGUCACAAUGCUGACAAAUACGGCUAUUUAGGACCCUUUUACAAAAACCGCGGGCAGCGCAAAACUAGACAAAAAGGAGAGAUUUUUUCGAUGAUGCAUGUGACAUCACACAGAAUUUGACUUUAAUGUAUUGUUUAUCCACUUACGUACCAGAAAAAUGCCUUUUAAUGCCCUUGUUCUUACUUCACGCUCCAAAGUAGAAUUAAAUUGGACGCGCGCUUUUCGAUCCGUGAUGGCUCAGUCCGUACAAUUUAGUAAAAUUGCCAAAAAACUGAACAUAGAUUUGUGCCAAUUUUUUUCUCAUCGAAAGGAAGCACUGUCCUUAUUAAAAUCAUGAAAUAAAAAAUGGGGGUCACCGUACUCGUUUUUGCGGUAGAGCUGCAGAAAGUGCGCACCAAACGCAUUUUCUCCGAUUUUUGAGAGAGGACUGGGGCGAGUUUCAAAAUAGAAUGUAUGUGAAAGGGGGAAGAAAGUAUUAAAAAAUCCGUUUUUACAGAAUUUACAUCGAGAUAUCACAUUUAGGACACAAUGUGAUAAAGAAAGUGUUUAAAUGAAAAUCAAAGUGAGUAAGCACAAGUUAAACAUCCACUAUCGAGGUUCUCCGAGAGGAGGUCGAACUCAGCAACACGCGUACUGCUUACGUUAUGCACAUUCCCAACACAUUGAGUCUCACCUCGGCAAGAAACAACAGCAAGCAAAAAUUCCAAUAGCGUUUCUCUUCAGUCAACUUCAUUUUAAUAGUAUUACUUCACAUGCUCUUUUUUACGGCGGCCAUCUUGUUAUGCGCAGUAAGAGAUGCGCAGUGCAAAACUAGGGAAUCACCUUAAGAGCGCGCGCUCGGUCGCGCUUAUUGUCCAAUAGAGACUUUAAGAUCCAACGACGCGACGGCAACGAGAACGUCGCUUAAAAAGUGAAUUUGCGUUCUUUCAGUCUUUAUUGCAAUUAUUCCUACCGACUUACUUUGUCCAAUGUAGGCGAACCCUCCUGGAAUUGAAUUCAUAGGGACCAUAUCCAAGUUCAGAAAGAGAGAGAACAUUUCGUCGUUGCUUGUUUACGUACUCCAUGAGACGCAAACUUUGGCAUGUUCACGUCGUAGACGUGCAAAAACGGGCCGAGAAAUGUACAAACAAGCGUGAUGCACGUGCAAAGUUAUUGUUUUGCUAAUUAAACCUAUUGUUAUUUUUACGUUCUCGUUGCCGUCAGCGUCGUUGGAUCUUAAAUUCCCUAAUUACUUAGGCAUGACGCGAACUGUUGUAUCACAGCGUACUAUUGAUGCUGAGCUCAGAACAGGUGAUUUGAUAGCCAAUCAGAUUAGAGAAGGUUGUUUAACUCAGAAUCCAACUAGGGAAUUAAGAAUGACAAAAGAAGGGAGUGCUACAACAAUCAUGUGACCAAGACCUCCUUCCGCCCCCCCUCCCUCCGCCCCGCCUUUUCUCUCCUGUCACACACGCACACAUACACUAAUUCUCAGACCCCAAACAGAACUUUUCUGCCCUUUUUUGGCUAGAACAUAAACCGGCCAUAUAUUCUAUGAUUUAAAUGUUAUUUGUAGCGCUAUACAAUGACAUGUUGCUCUUUAUAGUUUGUAGCUCUGAUUGUUAUUAGUGCAUUCACCUCAAUUGGCUCAGUUUGCUCAUUUUUUAAUCGUUGUUACUUGCAGAAAUCCAUGAAGAUGUGAGAACGGAGUGUUCAAAGUAUGGCAAAGUCAUGAGCCUGGAAAUACCAAGACCUGUAGAAGAUUUUCAGCCACCUGGCUGCGGAAAGGUAAAGCGGAACCUACCACCAAAUUGUUGUACAGUUUUAUCAAGAAACUAUAGUUGUACGGUUCAUUUUUAUUGCCUUAUUGCAGUGAACACUCACCAGCCAAACCUCAAUUUUGUUUUUUGAGUCGGAGAGCACUAUGGUGGACUGAACUCUAGAACAUGGCCCUCUAGCUUGUGAGCAAUCUCUCAAUCUUUGGGAUAUCGUAGGAAGUCACGCGCGAACGGGCGCUUGCGUGGUUCACUUAGCUUGACAGUCGUGAAGUAUAGCUUGCUCGCAAACCAACGACCUGCUCACCUAAGCAACGAAGAUCACUAUCUGGGGUGAUAAUUUAACCGCUUUCCCAUUUUUUGAGACCUUUUUAAGCAGCCACUAUGCACGUGGUGUGAUCUCCUACCGGUGCAUUUUUGGAAUAAUGUGGCACGCCACAAACACCUAAGGUGACGACUUGCUUGUUUUGUGUCAGAAAUGUUAUGUAAUACGUGUGAAUGUUAAGCGGGCCCUUACUACAUGUAUACGAGUAACCUCUCUGAUCCUCCUCCUGGAACCGUAGUGGCUGCCUGUAAAAUGAAAUGAAUAGGAACCACACCAACCCAGCCUGCUUUCCUUAACAACUCAUCCCUUUCUUUCUUUUUUCUAGAUAUACGUGGAGUUUGCGUCCCCUGAAGAGUCAAAGAGUGCUGCCCAGGCCCUUGCGGGUCGGAAGUUUGCCAACCGUGUUGUCGUGACGUCAUUUUAUCAGCCAGACAUGUACCGCCGAAAAGAGUUCCUUUAACUGCUGUUAUCUUUUUACUUAAGAUAUCUUCUAAAUUAUUCUAUGUUACUGGUACCCUGUAAAAGAUACCGACUGAUCCUAUUACUUGUUGUGCAUGCAUUUGAAAAUGUCUCUCUUAGACUCGCUUGUCUAAGAGAGGAUGUUUUUUAAUCAUAUAUAGAGACAACUCAAAGUCUUAAAACAAAGUUAAUUGAGUAGCUAGGCUAGCCUGAGGCCGAAUUGUCUGUUGCAUUUCAGGCGAGUUCUAGUACCGAGUAGCCGUGUUGCAUAUGGACAUGCGAGUAGCACUAAGCAAGUUCGGUAACAGGCUCUGAUUUCAAUAUUAAUUUUAAUUCGAUCCACCUAAUGCCGAUAUUGUUAUAUAAUCCUGGAAAACCCUUAAAACGGAAGAUUUUGAUUCAUGGGUUCGAUUUUGACAGCAGCACCUCUUUUCUUUGGACCGCUGUUUUUCUUUUUUACAGCACACCAUUGCAAAGAACCUUUUAGGAGGAUGCCAGGCAUCAAUACAGCCAACGGUACCUAUAAUAUAUUGCAUGUCGUUAAGAUCAAUAUUGUUUUCAUGGACGCUUUGGAAAUGCAGUGGUAAUUUAGCGUCUGCCACUUCAACGCAUUUUAUACUUGUAAGGCCUGUGAUGUGAAUUAAUAAACUUAAUCCACCC